UGACGCUUCGCUCUGUUCCGUCCUCCCAGAUCCGUGAAGGUGAACUGCGUUCCGUCGCCGACCAGGUCACCGCUUGCUGCCGCCGUCCUAUUGUCGCCACUCCGCAGCCAUGUCCGUGUUCAGCGACGUCCCGCAAGCGCCCCCGGUGGCUGUCUUCAAACUGAGCGCCGAUUUCCGCGACGACAGCCAUCCACAGAAGGUGAAUCUCGGGGUCGGAGCCUACCGCACCGAUGACUCUCAGCCGUGGGUCCUGCCGGUGGUGAAGAAGGUGGAGCGCCUCAUCGUGGACGACGCCACCCUCAACCACGAGUACCUGCCCAUCCUCGGGCUGCCGGAAUUCCGCUCGGCCGCCUCCAAGGUGGCCCUGGGGGAAGACAGCGCCGCCAUCAAGGAGGGCAGGGUGGGCGGAGUCCAGGCUCUGGGCGGUACGGGCGCCCUGAGGAUCGGGGCCGAGUUCUUACGGCGUUGGUACAAUGGCGUCAACAACACGGCCACGCCCGUUUACGUGUCCAAGCCCACCUGGGAGAACCACAACGCCGUGUUUGCCGACGCCGGCUUCAAGGACGUCCGCCCGUACCGCUAUUGGGACGCCGCUAAGAGAGGCCUGGACCUUAGCGGCCUGCUGGACGACCUUGAGAACGCUCCGGAAGGAUCCAUUUUCGUGCUUCACGCCUGCGCUCACAACCCCACGGGCACCGAUCCCAGUCCGGACCAAUGGAAGCAGAUGGCGGAGAUCAUGAAGCGGAGGAAUCUGUUUGUGUUCUUUGACUCGGCCUACCAAGGCUUCGCCUCGGGCUCCCUGGAGAAAGACGCGUGGGCCAUUCGCUUCUUUGUGUCUCAGGGCUUUGAACUCUUUGUGGCUCAGUCCUUCUCCAAGAAUUUUGGCCUCUACAACGAGAGGGUGGGCAACCUGACGGUGGUGGCGCGAGACGGCGACAACCUGGGCCGCAUCCUAUCUCAGAUGGAGAAGAUCGUGCGCACCACCUGGUCCAACCCGCCCUCGCAGGGGGCUCGCAUCGUCAGCAAGACCCUCAACUGCCCCAAGCUCUUCGCUGAAUGGCAAGGGAACGUGAAGACCAUGGCCGACCGUGUGCUCCUCAUGCGGGACCAGCUCAAGUCCAAGCUGCAGGCCCUGGGAACCCCGGGGACCUGGGACCACAUCACGCAGCAGAUCGGGAUGUUCAGCUUCACCGGCCUGAACCCCGACCAGGUGGCGUUCAUGAUCAAAGAGAAGCACGUCUACCUGAUGGCGAGUGGUCGCAUCAACAUGUGCGGCCUCACCUCCAAGAACCUGGACUACGUGGCACAGGCCAUCCACGACGCCGUCACCCAGGUCCAGUGAAAGGGAGUGCAGUGCGUCAGGCCAGUAACCAUCCGUUUUGUUCAACUUGUGCAUUUCACUCCUUCCCACCUUUGCGCUUCCCAACCUUUACGGAGCGAUGCCGUGGCGUCUGGCCAAACGG